AGUUACAAAAAAAAAAAAAACAGAGCCACGAAACGAAGAGCUUUCCAAAAAACUUCAAAAAUAGAAAAGAAUCUCUAUAGAGAUGGGAGAUGUGGUAUUGUUCAUAGAUGAGACGAAUUCGAAAUUGAGAAUCUCGCGUUGCAGAAUCUGCCAUGAGGAAGAGGCAGAAAGUUUCUUCGAAGUUCCUUGUGCUUGCUCAGGAACCGUUAAGUUCGCACACAGAGAUUGCAUACAACGUUGGUGCAACGAGAAAGGAAACACGACUUGUGAAAUCUGUCUUCAGGUGUAUAGACAUGGAUAUACAGCAAUUUCAAAACAAUUUAAAGUGAUUGAAGAAGAAGUCACAAUCAGAAGUAAUGGACGAAGAAGAAGAAGAAGACAAUUAGCUGAAUCCGAUUUUACUCAGUGUAACUCUGUUGCUGAUAGAGGAGCUACUUUUUGCAGAUCAUUAACUUUCACUCUUUCAGUGUUUUUGCUGAUGAAACAUACAUUUGAUGUGAUUUGUGGAACCGAAGAGUAUCCAUUCACUGUAUUUACGGUACUAACAUUAAAAGCUAUUGGAAUUCUAUUGCCAAUGUUCAUUAUAAUUCGAACAAUCGCUGCUAUUCAGAAAACUCUCCGUCGUAUUCAAUAUACCGAAUCUGAAGAAGAUACGUUGAGCUCUGACGACGAGGUAGACGACUAUGAGUUGGAAGAAGAAGAGCAACAACAUCAUUUGGCUUAAUAUUAACGAUUUUUUUUUUUUCUUUCUAAUUCUUUUUUUUUUCUUUAUUAACGAAAAGCAUCCAUUCGAUGCUCAUUGUCACUCAUCACACACUCAAAGAAAUAAAAGAC